GAGACAUUUUACAAAAAAAAAACAAAAUAAUUUGAAAUUUCAUAAAAACAUUUAGUAAAGCUAUAAUGAAUGCAGCAACAUUGCGUCAGCAGUUGGCAAAUUUGUGUGGAUCGACAGGUGGUCAUAAGGAACAAGCUGAUAAGUAUCGUGCUAUACUAGAACAGAUUCUGGCACAAAAAGAUGAUCAAGAAUUUCUCAAACAAUUUAUAGAAGCUAUUGUUAAUGAUCAAGUCAGCUUAGUGAUUUCUCGACAAAUACUGACUGAUAUUUGCACUCAUUUAACAAAACUUCCAGAUGAAUCAUCUCAAGCAAUUUCUCACUUCCUUUUGGAUCGUGUUCAGCCUCGAGUAAUAUCCUUUGAGGAGCAAGUCGCUACAAUUCGACAACAUUUGGCUGGAAUUUAUGAACGACAAGAACAGUGGCGUGAAGCUGCAAAUGUUUUGGGAUUGAUUCCUUUAGAAACUGGUCAAAGACAAUAUUCUGUAGAUUACAAGCUAGAGACAUACUUAAAGAUCGCAAGACUCUAUUUAGAAGACGAAGAUGCUGGAUUAGCAGAAGCAUUCAUAAAUCGUGCAUCUAUGCUUCAGACUGAAACAAAGAAUGAAAAUCUUCAAAUACUUUAUAAAGUCUGUUAUGCUCGUGUCCUUGAUUAUCGACGAAAGUUCAUAGAAAGUGCUCAACGAUACAAUGAACUGUCAUAUCGUAGCGAAGUCGAUGAGGAGGAACGUUUAGUUGCACUUAAAAAAGCUCUAAUUUGUACUGUCCUUGCAUCUGCGGGUCAACAGCGUUCUCGUAUGCUGGCAACGUUAUUUAAAGACGAAAGAUGCCAACAAUUACCAAUGUUUAAUAUUUUAAGUAAAAUGUAUAUGGAUAGGAUCAUAAAACGUACAGAAUUGCAGGAAUUUGAAGCACUUUUAAUGGAUCACCAAAAGGCAAAAACAGCCGAUGGAUCUUCAAUUUUAGAUCGUGCCGUCUUUGAGCAUAAUUUAUUGUCUGCCAGUAAACUUUAUAACAACAUAACAUUUGAUGAACUCGGUGCUUUGCUUGAAAUUCCACCAAAAAAAGCUGAGCGCAUUGCAAGUCAAAUGAUAACUGAAGGACGUAUGAAUGGCUACAUCGAUCAAAUUGAUGGCAUCGUUCAUUUUGAAGCUCGUGAGAUCUUACCGCAAUGGGAUAAACAAAUUCAAAGUCUCUGCUAUCAAGUAAAUAACAUUAUUGAAAAAAUUACACAAGCCGAGCCGGAGUGGAUUGCGAAGAAGAUGGAUGAAGAGAUGGUACAUUAAAUUUAAUUUCAGGCUGAAAAAGAACGUGUGUAAAAUUAUGAUACAAGUAUAAUAAAAGGCACUUUUAUGUUGAAAUUC